AUGCUGUUCAAUUGCGCUAUUGACUGGAUCCUUGGGGCGGUCCUACGCUACAGUGACGGCGUUGAAUUUGCACCCGGACAUCGACUGACUGAUCUCGACUAUGCCGAUGAUAUCGCCUUACUUGCUUCAAGUUUUGGUGAUCUGCAGUCUAUGGUGUCACGGGUGAACGAGGUAGCUAAAUCAGUCGGUUUGUCCAUAAACGCUGGGAAGACCAAAGUAUUCUCAGGCUGCAUCCCUGACCAGGAGAAGGCACCCCUGGGGAUUGAUGGCUGUCAACUUGAAGAAGUGGACAGUUUUAAAUACCUCGGAGCUAGGCUGCUGCCUAAUGGACAGAGUAAGGACGACAUUGCCUCCCGAAUCGAUGCUGCCCAACGGGUUUUGUAA